AUGGAAUCAGGUUUAUCUUCAAAAAGAGAUUACAAACCAGCAGAUCCACCUACCAAAUAUCGUGCCAUAUCAAAGAAUUUGAUAUGGCACUGCGAUAUUCAUUACCUUCACGGUAAUGUUUCUUUUCCAUUUUUUGCCAUAUUGGAUGAUAUGACACGUAAAGUUCUCAAAACUAAAUUAUUGAAAAACAAGUCUUCCAACUCAACAGCGAAGGUUUUAAGAAAACUUUUAGAGGAGUUUAUUCCUUACUGCAUCUGGACCGAUAACGGCGGUGAAAACCGCGGUGAAUUCGGCCAGGUUAUGCAGGAAAACGGAAUAGUUUGGAAGCACACCUUGCCGUAUAUGCCAAGACAGAACGGCAAGGUGGAGCGCCUGUGGCCAAGCUUAGAAAAGUUUUUGCCAGACGAGUUGGAUGAUAUUCAACAAAUCAAGGACUCAGUUCAGCAGUUCAUUGAAAAAUACAACAAUACACCACAUUUAUCUCUCAAUAUUAAUCCAAAAACAAAUAGUAAUUACACUCCUAACGAAUUAUUCGAAGUUUCAAAAUUUUGGUACGAGCCAGAAAUGCAAAAAUGGGAGUUAUAUAUCAAAGACGAAUGGGUCUUAGCAAAAUUUGAAUAA